GACCGCGCCAGCCAGCGGCGGGUUGGCGCCGGCGUUGACCCUCCAGGUGACCGCCGUCCUGGACUGGACUGCCGCCGAGGCCGCUGGCGGGGACGUCGCCUCCCUGCUGUCUGGCGGCUUUGCGGGGGCCCUCGGGCCCGCGCUGCAGAUCCCGGGCGCGCCGCUGCCGGACCACCCGGGCCUGGUCGUCGGGGACCCCUCCGCGUUCUCCGGCCAGGAGUCCUGGGUGUCCGGCCCGUGGGGGAUGGUGUACUGGCUCAGGCCGCCCUGCUCGGCGAUGGCCUGGAAGAUCCGCUCCCAGAUGUCCAGGCCGUUCCAGUUGCCCUCGGUGAGCCAGUCGUCGCACGACUCCAGGUCCCAGAACCGGAGCUCGACGGUGAUGCCGUACUGGUGGCCGAACUGCUCCACCCACUCGUCCUUCAGCUGCUGCUCCGUGGUGCGGAUGACAUGGUGCUGGAUCUCCUGCAGCCUGGUGAAGCGCAGGUCGAACACCGUGCCGUCGAUCGUGGCUGAGUGCGCGGCCUGUGUCAUCCAGCCGAGUCGCUUCACCGUCGCCGCGAAAGCAAUGGUGGGGCCGCCGUUGACCAGGUUGUCUGGGUUGAUCCUGUCGCUGAGGAGUGUGAGGGCAGUGGACCUGCCCUGUGUGUUGCCCCCCAUCGCCGUCGCCACGUUCCUUCUCAACUCCAUGAGCUUGGAGUCCGCCAUGCCGACGAUGACUUUCAUGUCUAGCUUCACCUCGAACCUGUGUGCCACGGCCGCCACGAGCAGCGGGUGGAAGUGGUGGGCGAACUCGCUGAUGCCGUGCGUGGCCAUGGCGAGGUCGUCGAAGAACAGGCACGUACCCGCCCACGGGAACUGGUACACGAGCUCGUCCAACUCCAGGAUGAUCACCAUCUUGAGGCAAAAGGGCGCAUACCUGCCGCCCGCGACGAUGCCGCGCUGCCACGCCUUGCCCUCGGUGUAG